AUGUCCACGUUCAACCUCACUAAGCUUGCCGCGACCCUUCCUAGAUCGUCUCACUCCAUCUCGGUGAUACAGGGAAAGGCCUACAUCUAUGGAGGUGAAAUAAAUCCUAGAGAACCUGUAGAUGGUGCUGUGCAUCUGAUCGACCUCUCUACCGGGGCUUACCAAAAGCUUGCCGCCUUUGGCCAAAUACCUGAACCUCGUGUAGGACAUGUAGCAGGAGUGAUUGACGGGAGAAUCUACAUAUUCGGAGGUCGAGGUGGUCCUGUCAUGACUCCUCUGGAAGAGGCCGGUGCUGUUCACGUCUACGACCCGACCACUUCUUCCUGGUCAACUGUUAAAGCGACAUCCAAAGAAUUCCCAUGCGCCAGAUCAUAUCAUUGUGCGACUGCUAGCGGCAAACAGUUCAUCAUUCACGCAGGAUGUGGGGACGCAUCUACAGGGCGUUUGAAUGACACUUGGUCAUUCGAUAUCACCACCUUAGAAUGGAGCAGACUUCCAGACGCUCCUGGUGACCCUAGAGGUGGAAGUUCUAUUACAGUUUUAGGUGACACGUUAUGGAGAUUUGGUGGGUUCAACGGGAAGACAGAGGUUGGAGGGUCAAUCGAGAAUAUCGACUAUCUUGCACCUACAUCCGAAUGGAAGUCAAUCGUUUUUGGAGAUACAGCUGGCCUAGGUCGAGAAUCCUCGGUCCUCCUUGACACUUCAGAUUCUUACCCCGGGGCUAGGUCUGUAGCAGCAUUACAAGCUAUCAAAGGUCGGUUAAUAAUUAUUGGUGGUGAAGGUAAACCCUCGACCACCGGUGGACAUGAUUCUGCCGGUAAUUUCUGGGAUGAUAUUUGGUCUUUCGAUCCAACUGAAGAAAGAUGGUCAAAGCUGGCACCGAAGGAGCAGAUGGAAGCGAGAGGAUGGUUUGCCAGCGAUGUGACGAAAGAUGGUGAGAUCAUUAUAUGGGGUGGCAUCAACUCAACGAACGAAAGAUUGGGGGAUGGGUGGAUUGGACGAUUGUAG